UUUAAUCCAAGGCCGUUAAAUAUUUAAAAAAAUAUGAUUGCUUUAAUUUUAUUUUUAUUUUGACAGUAUGAUGACAAUUGACAGUAUUUAUUUGACUUUGAUGUGAGAUGGUUUCGGUUUUGUAUAAUUUACAGUGAUUUGGAUAUUUCGAAUAUAAAAAUGCUAUUCCUAAACAUUUUUGGGCUCACGUAUCUCCUGCCUAUAGUAUUUCAUGUCAUACUCUCAAUACAAUUUUCGGAGGGGUCUAAAGCAGAAUAUGUUACAUGUGGUACAAUUUUGAAACUUGUGAAUACGGACCUUCGCCUUCGCUUGCACUCGCACGAUGUGAAAUACGGUUCUGGUUCUGGUCAACAGUCGGUGACAGGCGUGGAUAUAUCCGAUGAUCAUAAUAGCCACUGGUUGAUAAGAGCGCCCAUGGGCGAGAAGUGUAAGAGAGGUGAACCCAUCAAGUGUAACACAGUUGUAAGACUGCAACAUGUUGCCACCAAGAAGAAUCUGCACUCUCAUUAUUUCUCAUCACCACUGUCUGCUAACCAAGAAGUGUCAUGCUAUGGUGAUGAUGUUGGUGAAGGUGACAGCGGAGACAACUGGACAGUAGUUUGUAAUAAUGACUAUUGGAGAAGAGAUACACCAGUAAAGCUGAAACAUGUGGAUACAGCAUCAUUCUUAGCUGGAUCAGGAAGGACUUUUGGACGUCCAAUCAGUGGCCAAGGAGAGAUUGUGGGUGUUAGCUCCCAAUAUGGAGCAUAUACAGACUGGCAAGCCAAAGAAGGUCUUUUUGUGCACCCUAGUGACCCAUUGCCCCACCAACAGCACGCUAUACAUUCUGAAUUAUAAUAGUCUAGUUUAUAGGCAACAGUGUGAUAACCAAUUUAAUUAUGCUAUAGGUAUUGAUAGAUUUAGUAAUUUAUGAAAUAUGCCUAUUUACUUCUGCUCAAUUACCUAUUUACUUCUUUUUUUACUGUAUCACUAUAGUGCAAGAUGUGACUCACUGACAUCACUGUUUGGUUCUAAGAAAUUACUUGUCUAGAAUGGUUAUAUGUCACUUAAAAUUAUAUUAAAUGAGGUAA